CCCACCACGGCCGCCGACACCUCCUCUCUGACCACCAGCACCUUGUCUCCAUCCACCACGAGGGUCACCACUACUCCCAUCGCUACGACCACCCCCAACGCUGCCACCACCACCACCACCGUCCCCAUCGUUACGACCACCCCCAACGCUAACACCACCACAACCACCGUCCCCAUCGUUACGACCACCCCCAACGCUACCACCACCACCACCACCGUCCCCAUGGCUACGACCACCCCCAACGCUACCACCACCACCACCACCGUCCCCAUCGCUACAACGACCCCCACCACCACCACCACCACCACCGUCCCCAUCGCUACGACCACCCCCAAUGCUACCACCACCACCACCGUCCCCAUCCCUACGACCACCCCCAACGCUACCACCACCUCCACCGUCCCCAUCGCUACGACUACCCCCAACGCUACCACCACCACCACCACCGUCCCCAUCGUUACGACCACCCCCAACGCUACCACCACCACCACCACCGUCCCCAUGGCUACGACCACCCCCACCACCACCGUCCCCAUCGUUACGACCACCCCCAACGCUACCACCACCACCACCACCGUCCCCAUCGCUACGACCACCCCCAACGCUACCACCACCACCACCACCGUCCCCAUCGUUACGACCACCCCCAACGCUAACACCACCACCACCACCGUCCCCAUCGUUACGACCACCCCCAACGCUACCACCACCACCACCACCGUCCCCAUUGUUACAACCACCCCCAACGCUACCACCACCACCGUCCCCAUCGUUACGACCACCCCCAACGCUACCACCACCACCACCACCGUCCCCAUCGCUACGACCACCCCCAACGCUACCACCACCACCACAACCGUCCCCAUCGUUACGACCACCCCCAACGCUACCACCACCACCACCACCGUCCCCAUCGUUACGACCACCCCCAACGCUAACACCACCACCACCACCGUCCCCAUCGCUACGACCACCCCCAACGCUACCACCACCACCACCACCGUCCCCAUCGCUACGACCACCCCCAACGCUACCACCACCACCACCACCGUCACCAUCGUUACGACCACCCCCAACGCUACCACCACCACCACCACCGUCCCCAUCGUUACGGCCACCCCCAACGCUACCACCACCACCACCGUCCCCAUCGCUACGACCACCCCCAACACUACCACCACCACCACCGUCCCCAUCGUUACCACCACCCCCAACGCUAACACCACCACCACCGUCCCCAUCGCUACGACCACCCCCAACGCUACCACCACCACCACCACCGUCCCCAUCGCUACGACCACCCCCAACGCUACCACCACCACCACCGUCCCCAUCGUUACGACCACCCCCAACGCUACCACCACCACCACCACCGUCCCCAUCGUUACGACCACCCCCAACGCUACCACCACCACCACCACCGUCCCCAUCGCUACGACCACCCCCAACGCUACCACCACCACCACCGUCCCCAUCGUUACGACCACCCCCAACGCUACCACCACCACCACCACCGUCCCCAGCGUUACGACCACGCCCAACGCUACCACCACCACCACCGUCCCCAGCGUUACGACCACGCCCAACGCUACCACCACCACCACCACCGUCCCCAUCGCUACGACCACCCCCAACGCUAACACCACCACCACCACCGUCCCCAUCGCUUCCACCACCCCCAACGCUACCACCACCACCACCACCGUCCCCAUCGCUACAACGACCCCCACCACCACCGUCCCCAUCGUUACGACCACCCCCAACGCUACCACCAACACAACCACCGUCCCCAUCGCUACGACCACCCCCAACGCUAACACCACCACCACUGUCCCCAUCCACCACCACCGUCCCCAACGUUACGACCACGCCCAACGCUACCACCACCACCACCACCGUCCCCAUCGCUACGACCACCCCCAACGCUAA